UCGAACCACAAGCCAUUUUGGGGACGGUGUCAGUUUCCACCGAGCCAUCGGCGCUGCAUUUUUCAAACAACUUGACUUCGGCUGCAACACACACGCACACACACACACUCACUCACUCACACACUCACACACACAUAUAUACACGCGCGCAGAUCCAGCAGCUCGAUCGCCAGGAUCGGCCCGGCUUUUGGGGUGGGGGGGGGAUCGGAGUCCUUCGAACGGCUCGUGCCCUUGCUGCCUCGCGAAGGGGGCUUAUUUUUUUUUCUGGCCGUGGAGAGAAAGAGCAGAAACUGCGCUGCUUUACCACCACCCCCCCUCUCCUCCCCCCCCUGCGCUGUAAGGCUACCGCGGUUGACAGCGUCUGCAGGCUCGUUCCAAGAUGGCCGCCCGGCUCGCGCUCGCCCGCUGCUGAGCGACUCCGAACUUUCAUUGUCUGUCCGCCCCCCCUCCUCUCAGUUCGCACGGAUCCGCAGCGGAGUUCCCGGGUAUUUGCCUUCCAUGACGAUGCACCGAACAACGAGGAUAAAGAUAACGGAGCUGAAUCCACAUUUGAUGUGUGUGUUGUGUGGAGGAUAUUUCAUCGACGCAACAACCAUCGUGGAGUGUCUGCACUCCUUCUGUAAAAUGUGCAUUGUGCGCUAUCUCGAGACCAGCAAGUACUGUCCAAUAUGUGAUGUCCAGGUACACAAAACCAAACCGCUUCUAAAUAUCAGGUCUGACAAGACCCUUCAAGACAUUGUGUACAAGUUGGUCCCUGGUCUUUUCAAAAAUGAAAUGAAACGGAGACGGGACUUCUAUGCUGAACACCCAUCAGUUGACGCUGCAAAUGGAUCAAAUGAAGACCGUGGAGAAGUGGCUGAUGAGGACAAGAGAAUAAUCACAGAUGACGAGAUAAUCAGCUUAUCCAUAGAAUUCUUCGACCCGAGCAAGAUUGAAAAGCAGGGUGAUGGAGAAAAGGAAAAGACAAAAGAUGAGAUAAGUGACAAGCGGUACUUGCAGUGUCCUGCUGCUAUGACAGUGAUGCAUCUGAGGAAAUUCCUCCGGAGUAAAAUGGAUAUUCCAUGCACAUUUCAGAUUGAAGUAAUGUAUGAAGAUGAGCCGCUGAAAGAUUACUACACAUUAAUGGAUAUUGCCUACAUCUACACCUGGAGAAGGAAUGGACCUUUGCCAUUAAAAUACAGAGUUCGACCCAGUUGCAAAAAGAUGAAGAUUAUCCACCCAAGAGAAGGUGUGAACAGUGUGAAUAGGUCGGAGAUGGAGAGCGACUCGGGCAGUGACAAGGCCAACAGUCCAGCCGGCGUUCCCUCCACCUCCUCGUCCCUACCCAGUCCGGGAACCCCAGUUCAGUCCCCACACCCUCACUUCCCGCACAUCUCCAGUGCCGUCAACGGAACCUCUACAAACCCGAGCCCGAGCCGCCAGGCCCCGUUCUGCAACAAAGCGCGCAAAGCCUCGCUCAAUGGCUCAUCUGGGUCUUCGGGAUGACUGCCGUAGCGGCGUCUUGCCGGCAUCAAGAUCACCCAGCUCUUUCCAUGCCAACGUAGCGUUGUUGUAGAUGCUUUCUUUUUUUCUUCCAGUUGUCAUUGUAUUGCCAUUUACUGUCUUUAUGUGAAAUUUAUAGUGAAAGUCACAUUUCAGUAUAAAAAUAGGGGGGAACUGGCCGAUAUGUGUUCUUUGAAGAGCUGACAUUGGUGGAAGUAAGACAAGCACAUGAAGUAUGCUCUCGAAGGAAGUUUUUAACAGAGAACAUUUUGAAGAGGUUUGGAAGAACCAUAGAUUCUGACAUGGGAUAAUCUUUGUACAGUUUUUUUUCUUUUGCCUUUUUUUUUUUUUUUUGGAAAAAGUGAAAUUUCACUUUAAUCAAAAGUGAAUGCAUAAAGAAUUUCACAAGGCAUCUGAAUAUGUGAAACUGAAUGGUUGCAAUUUAGAAAGGAUGUUCUAAAAUGGUUACUCGUAUAUCCAAGCAUUCACAAAUGGACUGUCGGUGGGUGGAUGGAGACGGAGAAAAGAAAAUACACUGACAGCUCAUACUGCCACCUGACACUGUACUAUGUACAAGGACUUACAUAAACCAAAUGAAGUGGAGCUGUAUCUUGUGUGUGCAUUAACAUAACGGGGGCUAUCAUGCUGGAGUAGACUUUGCUAUCUAUAUCCCAAUAUGGGGCAGUAUUAUGUUUAUAAAGUGUGUUACUAAUGAGGAUAAGAACAGCAGAAAAAGACCCAGAUAUUGGUCAGAUUAAAGCUAUAUUGAUUUUUAAAUAAGCUGUUCUUUUUAUGUUAUUUCAGUCUGUUGUACAACUUUGGUUUAACCCCCACAGGGCAGAAUGCUGAGCUCCAGAUAGACAUGUAUAUAUGAUUACUUUAGCUGACAUAUAGAAGUGUAAUAAACUAACAGGUCCCUUGUGUCUGUCAGACACUUUUCUCUAUAACCUGCAAGGAAGUCUUUGUUAGUUUCAAGUGUUUUUGUGGUGUCUCUUCCACAGUGUUCUAAAUAUCUGUAUU